AUGGCUGGACGCUACAACCCUGCUUACGAUGGCGGCAACAUCCGCCAAAACUUCCCAUCUUCCGCCUCUUCCUCCUCGCACCAUCACAGCUCAGCUCACCAAACAGGCCUAGACGUCGACACCGUCGAUUACUGGGACGAGACAGGAGUCCCUGCUCCUCACCUCCUCUCCCCUUUGCACUCUGUAUCGCCCUAUCCUACCACUCCUCGCCAACACCACGACGAAAUGCAAGAGCUUCACGCAGCCCCUUCCGGCUACCUCUCUCAAUCGCCAUUCCUCCCCUCCCUACCCUCGCACCCUGAAUCUUUUGCCGGCGGUGCUUAUAUGCCAUCUUUUGAGCCCCGAGAAUCGCUCAAUCACAAGUCCUCCAAUCGCGGUCACGACUUUGAAGACGAUGAAUCGCUUUACUCCUCCUCGCCUCGAACCUCUUCCGAUGCCUGGCGUCUCUAUGAUGCCCCACAAACCGGAGCACGAACCUCUCUUGCUCAAGCCCGAGAGCGCUACAUCAAUCGCAAGUCCGCAGCUCUAGCUGCCACCGAUGGUGUAUACGACUUCUCCACUCCCAAACCUUCGCGCUUCUCACCCAAGCAGAAGAAAUGGAUGAUCGGCAUUGGCUCCCUGACCACAGCCAUCGUUUGUGCCAUGGUCAUCUUCUUCGCCACUCGCAACAACACCAACGCUACUAUCGUCGACUCUCCUUCCGCUUCCACAGGUACAGGCUCCGGAAGCAAGGGAGACAAAUCAACGGCAGGAGUCGUCACAUCUGACGCCAAAGACCCGUCAAAGUUCGAGAAGGAUCCUCGUCUGCACAAGUCCAUGUACGGACUUUGUUACACGCCUUUCCACGCUCAAUAUCCUGAAUGUGGUGCAACACAAGCAAACGUGACGGAAGACGUGCAGCUGAUGUCCCAACUCACCACAAGGCUAAGGCUGUACGGUUCAGACUGCAGCACCUCCCAACUUGUGCUCGAGGCAAUCAAGCAGACAAAGGUGGAUAUGCAAGUCUUCUUGGCCGUAUGGGUCGACAAUAACGCAGACACCUUCCAGCGUCAAGUCGAUAACAUCCUCGAUGCUGUCAAGCAGUACGGCACUGAUCACAUUGCCGGUAUCACUGUCGGAAACGAGUAUUUACUCAACCGUGGCUCCCUCGCCACUCUUCUCGGCCACAUUUCCACUGUCAACACAACCGUCAACGCUCUCCCCGGUCUCGGAAAGUACAUUCCUAUCGGCACCGCAGACGCAGGUUCUAUGAUCUCUACGCAGCUAGCCAGCGGCGCAGACUACGUCAUGGCCAACGUCCACCCUUGGUUCGGCGGUCUUCCGGUCGACCAAGCUGCCGGUUGGGUCUACUCCUACACCAACAACAACGAGCCCGCUACCGCCCUACUUGCACCUAACAAGCCCGCCCUCUACGUCGCCGAAGCAGGUUGGCCAACUGGUGCCAAUGAAACCAGACUCGAAACCUAUCAGGGCGCAACAGCAGGUGUAAGCGAGCUCAACACUUUCUUGGAUACUUUCCUCUGCCAGAGCAACGCAAACGUCACAGAGAAGGCUCUCCAGCCAAGCUUUGUGUUUGAAGCCUUCGACGAACCCUGGAAGGAUGUGCUCUAUGGAGGUGUCGAGGCUCAUUGGGGUCUCUUUGACAGUAACAAGAAGUUGAAGGAGGGAUUGACUAUUCCUGAUUGCCCUUCGCCAUAA